UAAUUCAAGUAUGCACACACACAUAUACACAUAAAUAUAUGCAUUUGGUGCACUAGUGUUGUAAGCACUUCAGGCUCCAAACGCGGCUAGCAUUAUUGUCGCAUGCCACAACUCAACUCAACACCACCUCGUUCGCUCGCUUUUAUUUACCGCAAUUUGUCACACAACUUCCAUUGAUCGCCUCAACGCUCACGCCAUUCAAACGGCACCGUAAACAACAACAAAAACAUUGUGAUAGAAGUAAACAAAAUCGUCUAACUGCAACAGGUGCAAACGUAACGAGCGUAAACGUAAACGAAACCGAAAGCCGGUGGUGGAAAGCAAAGAAAAGAAACUAGCAUAAGUCGCACACACAGCUUGCUGUGGCAACAUAAGUACAUAUUCACCUUGAUCGAUGUUCAUCAUCAUCACCAUAAUACUGACAACGCUAUGUCUUGCCAUCACAAUCGUUUUGUCAACAAUUUCGCGCUCGGACAACGCUAAUCGUAGUAAUCAAGCCGCCGUAUAUGGCGCGGAGCAUAGCAUAAAAAAUAACAAAACAUCGGGUGAGCCGCUAAAGGAACCGUCGCCAAUCAACAGCAACAGCAGCAGCAACAACAACAGUGAAUGUGUGAAUCGCAUUAAGAAAGUACAAUUUUCGAAUGAGAAUAUCACAAUAGAGAAUAAUCAUAACGACUUUGCUGCCAGCGGUCAAUUACAUCAUAAACAUUGUAAUAACAUCGAAUUGAGUAGUAAUAAUAGUGAUAGUAGCAAUAGCGAGAUCAGCAUGAGUAACGAUACGUCAACGGAGCGUCCCAGCUUUUUGGUUGGAGACGAAGUCGAAGCCAAUGGACAUGAUGAAGUCAGCGAAGCUAGUGAUGAAUUUCCACAAAAAAUGCAAAAUGAAAUUCGACCACAAAUUGAUUUAAUGGAGCGUCGCAAACGUUUGAGGCCGAGCAUGUCGCGUGGCACUGGUCUGGGGCAAGAUCGAUAUCAGGACCGUGAUUUUCAUAUCGCCACACCGGAGGAGUUCGUCAAGAAGUUUGGUGGUACUCGUGUCAUUAAUCGUGUGCUAAUCGCGAAUAACGGUAUUGCUGCUGUGAAAUGUAUGCGCUCCAUACGUCGUUGGUCCUAUGAGAUGUUUAAAAAUGAACGUGCCGUACGCUUUGUUGUCAUGGUCACACCUGAGGAUCUUAAAGCCAAUGCGGAGUACAUCAAGAUGGCUGAUCAUUAUGUGCCCGUACCUGGUGGUUCGAAUAACAACAAUUACGCCAAUGUUGAGCUGAUCGUCGAUAUUGCACUACGGACUCAAGUUCAGGCUGUCUGGGCUGGUUGGGGCCAUGCUUCUGAGAACCCGAAAUUGCCUGAGCUCUUGAAUAAGCAGGGUCUUGUCUUUUUGGGUCCUCCAGAUCGUGCUAUGUGGGCGCUGGGUGAUAAGGUUGCCUCAUCGAUUGUCGCACAAACGGCCGAUAUACCCACACUGUCGUGGUCGGGUUCCGGUCUGAAGGCACAUUACAAUGGCAAGAAAAUUAAGAUUUCAAGUGAAUUGUUUCAACGCGGUUGCGUCAGUAAUGCCGAAGAAGGUCUGAUUGCUGCUAAAAAGAUUGGUUUCCCGGUGAUGGUUAAAGCAUCCGAAGGUGGUGGCGGUAAAGGUAUACGUCGUGUCGAUAGCGAAGGUGAAUUUCCAGCGCUCUUCCGUCAGGUGCAAGCCGAGGUGCCCGGUUCACCCAUAUUCGUGAUGAAGCUCGCACGCGGUGCCCGGCAUCUUGAGGUGCAAUUGCUUGCCGAUCAGUACGGCAAUGCGAUCAGUUUGUUCGGACGUGAUUGUUCGAUACAGCGUCGUCAUCAGAAGAUUAUUGAAGAGGCACCGGCGAUUGUGGCACAACCCGAAGUGUUUGAGGAUAUGGAGAAAGCCGCUGUGCGUCUGGCGAAAAUGGUUGGAUACGUAAGCGCCGGUACGGUGGAGUAUCUGUACGACCCAGAUGGCCAAUACUAUUUCCUUGAGUUGAAUCCACGUCUGCAAGUGGAGCAUCCUUGCACAGAGAUGGUGGCGGAUGUGAAUUUGCCCGCCGCACAGUUGCAAAUCGGUAUGGGUAUCCCGUUGUAUCGUUUGAAAGAUAUUCGUCUCUUAUACGGUGAAUCACCGUGGGGUUCAUCGGUUAUUAAUUUCGAACUUCCUGAGAAUAAACCACAACCAUCGGGACAUGUAAUUGCUGCACGUAUCACUUCCGAGAAUCCCGAUGAAGGUUUCAAACCCAGUUCGGGUACCGUGCAGGAGUUGAAUUUCCGAUCGAGUAAAAAUGUAUGGGGUUACUUCAGUGUCGCCGCUUCCGGUGGUUUACACGAAUAUGCCGAUUCGCAGUUUGGUCAUUGUUUCUCCUGGGGAGAAAAUCGUCAACAGGCGCGUGAAAAUCUAGUCAUUGCGCUGAAGGAACUUUCGAUUCGUGGUGAUUUCCGUACAACAGUUGAAUAUUUGAUAACUCUGUUGGAGACCAACAGCUUCUUGGAUAACACAAUUGAUACCGCUUGGUUGGAUGCUUUGAUUGCUGAGCGUGUACAAUCGGAGAAACCCGAUAUUCUAUUGGGUGUCGUCUGUGGUGCAUUGCAUAUUGCCGAUCGCCAGAUCAACGAAGCAUUCUCCAGCUUUCAGACAUCGCUCGAGAAGGGUCAGAUACAAGCCGCUAAUACGCUGACAAAUGUAGUCGAUGUUGAGCUGAUAAACGAGGGUCUGCGGUACAAGGUGCAGGCCGCCAAAAGUGGCGCAAAUUCUUACUUUCUACUCAUGAAUAACUCCUACAAAGAGGUGGAAAUACAUCGUUUGUCUGACGGUGGUCUCCUGAUAUCAUUAGAAGGCGCCUCUUAUACCACCUACAUGAAAGAGGAAGUGGAUCGUUAUCGUCUGGUAAUUGGUAAUCAAACUUGUGUUUUUGAAAAAGAAAACGAUCCUUCACUAUUGCGCAGUUUAUCUGCUGGUAAGUUGAUUAACUUGCUGAUAGAAGAUGGCGCCCAUGUUGCUAAGGGACAAGCCUACGCCGAAAUUGAGGUUAUGAAAAUGGUUAUGACACUCACCUCACAAGAGGCGGGCACAGUUUCGUUCUUACGUCGCCCCGGUGCCGUGCUCGAUGCUGGCUCACUUAUCGGCCAUUUGGAAUUGGAUGACCCUUCACUGGUGACCAAAGCGCAACCGUACAAGAAUCCCUUCCCACUAUCUGAGAAUACACAAGUGCCUGAGAAGCUGAAUCGUGCGCACAACUUGUAUAAAUCCGUUUUGGAGAAUACCUUGGCCGGUUACUGUCUACCCGAACCGUAUAACGCACAACGUUUGCGCGAUGUCAUCGAAAAAUUCAUGACCAGCUUGCGUGACGCUUCAUUACCCCUGCUCGAAUUGCAAGAGGUAAUCGCCUCCAUAUCGGGCCGCAUACCAGUUUCUGUGGAGAAGAAGAUACGCAAGUUGAUGACACUGUAUGAGCGUAACAUUACCAGUGUGCUGGCACAAUUCCCCUCACAGCAAAUUGCCGCAGUCAUCGAUAGUCACGCUGCCACUUUGCAGAAACGCACCGACCGUGAUGUCUUCUUCCUCACCACACAAAGUAUUGUGCAGCUGGUGCAACGCUAUCGCAAUGGUAUCAGGGGACGCAUGAAGGCCGUCGUACAUGAAUUGUUGCGCCAAUACUAUGAGGUCGAGUCCCAGUUCCAGCAUGGUCACUAUGAUAAAUGUGUCGCCUUGGUGCGUGAGAACAGCAAGGAUGACAUGCAGAAGGUCGUGAACACCAUCUUUUCGCAUGCGCAAGUCUCGAAGAAGAAUCUACUAGUCACACUGCUGAUCGAUCAUUUGUGGUCCUUUGAGCCGGGUCUAACUGAUGAGCUUGCAAAUACGCUGAGUGAAUUGACUUCGUUAAAUCGUGCCGAACACUCACGCGUCGCUUUGCGUUGCCGACAAGUGCUUAUUGCCGCUCAUCAACCCGCCUACGAACUGCGUCACAAUCAAAUGGAAUCGAUUUUCCUGUCUGCAGUCGAUAUGUACGGACAUGACUUCCAUCCGGAGAAUCUGCAACGCCUGAUCUUGUCGGAGACGUCGAUAUUUGAUAUUUUACACGAUUUCUUCUAUCACACGAAUCGUCAAGUCUGCAAUGCAGCGCUAGAGGUGUAUGUGCGACGUGCCUACACUUCGUACGAGCUCACCUGCUUGCAGCACUUGGAGUUAUCGGGCGGUUUACCGUUGGUGCACUUCCAAUUUUUGUUACCCACCGCACAUCCUAAUAGGUAUGUACACAAAAUUAUAAUUAUCUCGAACAUUAUAAUUGCAAUUAAAAUACUAAAUUCCAUAACUGCUUACAGACUCUUCCCACGCAUGCUGCAGGAUAACGGCGAACCACCAGAGAAACUUCUUGGCUCAUCGUUCAUGCGUACUGGUUGCAUGGCCGCCUUCGAUUCGUUUGAUCACUUCGAAAUGCACUCGGAUGAAAUUCUGGAUCUGUUGGAGGACUAUGCCUCACCUGCCUUUGUUAGCGCAAAGAUUUUGGAAGCUGUUGAGGCCGUUGAUUCCAUUUCUGAUGGCCGCUUGAGCACAUCCAUCAAUGUCUCACUCUCCGAUCCAAUUACUCGCGCCAACGCCGUGGAAGAGGCAAAAUCCACCGAGCCCAUACACAUUAUAAGUGUUGCCGUACGUGAUAACGGUGAUAUGGAUGAUUUGCAAAUGGCGCACAUAUUUGGUAGCUUCUGUAAGUUGCACCGUGAUGAGCUCUUCCAACGCCGCAUACGACGCAUCACCUUUGCCGCUUUGAAAAAACGCCAAUUCCCGAAAUUCUUCACUUACCGUGCCCGUGACAAUUUCGAAGAGGACAGAAUAUACCGCCACUUGGAGCCCGCUUGUGCGUUCCAACUCGAACUGAAUCGCAUGAAAUCAUAUGAACUGGAAGCUUUGCCGACGGCAAAUCAAAAAAUGCAUCUCUAUUUGGGUAAGGCCAAGGGCUCAAAGAGUCAAGAGGUCACCGAUUAUCGUUUCUUCAUACGCUCCAUUAUACGCCAUUCGGAUCUGAUCACUAAGGAAGCGUCAUUUGAAUAUUUACAAAACGAAGGCGAACGUGUUUUGCUCGAAUCAAUGGACGAGUUGGAAGUGGCCUUCUCACAUCCGCAUGCCAAACGCACCGAUUGCAAUCACAUAUUCCUCAAUUUCGUGCCAACCGUUAUAAUGGAUCCGGCGAAAAUCGAAGAAUCCGUUACCAAAAUGAUCAUGCGCUACGGACCACGUCUAUGGAAACUGCGUGUGUUGCAAGCUGAGCUUAAAAUGUUGAUCAGACAAUCACCACAAUCACCUACACAGGCCAUACGCUUGUGCAUUGCCAACGAUUCGGGUUACUUUUUAGACAUUGCCAUGUACACAGAGGUCACAGAUCCAGAUACGGGCAUUAUCAAAUUCAAGGCCUACGGCGAAAAGCAGGGCUCACUACAUGGGCAUCCGAUUUCUACACCUUACAUGACCAAAGAUUUCCUGCAACAAAAACGCUUCCAGGCACAACAGAACGGCACCACAUAUGCCUAUGAUAUACCCGAUAUGUUCCGUCAAAUGACAGAGCGCCAUUGGAAGGAAUACUCGAAGGCACGCUCCACCGUGGACAUAAGAAUACCGGACAAAAUUUUGCUGGAGUGCAUGGAACUGGUGUUGGAUGAUGAUAAUCUCGUUGAGAUGCAGCGCUUACCAGGCGAGAAUAAUUGUGGCAUGGUUGCCUGGCGCAUUGUGCUGGCCACACCCGAGUACCCAGAGGGACGUGAAAUGGUUGUGAUUGCCAAUGACUUGACAUCGUUUAUGGGCUCUUUCGGCAUCAAAGAAGAUGUGCUCUUCCAUAAAGCAUCGAUAUUGGCACGCGCCAGAAAGGUGCCUAGGAUUUACAUUUCGGUGAACAGUGGUGCACGUAUCGGUUUGGCCGAGGAGGUGAAAUCAAUGUUUAAGGUGGCAUGGGAAGAUCCCGAAGAGCCGGACAAGGGUUUCAAAUAUCUCUACUUGACCACCGAGGAUUACACGAAAAUCGCCAAUUUGAAUUCCGUGCGCGCCAUACUCAUCGAAGAUGAGGGUGAACCGCGUUACAAGAUCACCGACAUCAUCGGCAAGGAGGACAGUUUGGGUGUGGAGAAUUUACGCUAUGCCGGUCUGAUUGCUGGCGAGACAUCGCAGGCGUAUAACGAAAUUGUCACAAUGUCAAUGGUGACGUGCCGUACCAUCGGUAUUGGUUCGUAUUUGGUUCGUUUGGGUCAACGUGUCAUACAAAUUGAUAAUUCACACAUUAUUCUCACUGGUUAUGCUGCGCUCAAUAAGUUGCUUGGUCGCAAAGUGUACGCUUCCAAUAAUCAAUUGGGUGGUGUGCAGAUCAUGUACAACAACGGUGUCACACAUAAGACUGAAGCCUUGGAUCUCGACGGUGUGUAUACGCUACUGCAAUGGCUUUCAUACAUUCCAGCAUACAUCGGUUGUGAUUUGCCGAUUGUAUUGCCAAACGAUCGCAUCGAUCGUUCUAUAGAUUUUAUGCCAACAAAAUCGCCAUAUGACCCCAGAUGGAUGUUGGCUGGACGCGUAAAUCCAGUUAAUCCCAAUGAAUGGGAGAAUGGUUUCUUCGAUCGUGACAGUUGGGCUGAGAUUAUGUCGACGUGGGCGAAAACCGUUGUAACGGGACGCGCUCGCUUGGGUGGUGUGCCGGUUGGUGUUAUUGCCGCUGAAACGCGUACGGUUGAAGUGGAAUUGCCAGCAGAUCCCGCUAAUUUAGACUCUGAAGCCAAAACACUUCAACAAGCUGGACAAGUCUGGUAUCCAGAUUCUGCAUAUAAGACAGCGCAAGCCAUUAAAGAUUUCGGACGCGAAGAGUUGCCAUUGGUUAUAUUCGCCAACUGGCGUGGUUUCUCCGGUGGCAUGAAAGAUAUGUACGAGCAGAUUCUCAAAUUCGGCGCUUACAUUGUGGAUGGUUUGCGUGAAUACAAAAAGCCGGUCAUUGUCUAUCUGCCGCCAAAUGCCGAGUUGCGUGGUGGUGCCUGGGCCGUCUUGGAUUCGCUAAUUAAUCCACGUUACAUGGAGACCUAUGCAGAUCCAGAGGCGCGCGGUGGUGUGUUGGAGCCGGAGGGUAUAGUCGAGAUCAAGUACAAAGAGAAGGAUUUGUUGAAGACAAUCCAUCGCUUGGACACAACGACAAUUGCGCUCAAGAAAGAGUUGGAAGAACUCAUCGCUGCCGGUGAUAAAAUCCAAGCUGCCGUCGUUGAGGAGAAACUAAAGACACGCAUCUCACAAUUGAUGCACGUUUACCACACGGUGGCCGUGCAUUUUGCCGAUCUGCAUGACACACCCGAACGUAUGCUGGAGAAGGAAUGUAUUAGCGAAAUUAUACCAUGGCGCGAGUCUAGACGUCUACUGUAUUGGCGCUUGCGUCGUUUGCUGCUCGAGGAUGCGUUCAUAAAGCGGAUAAUCAAAGAGCAAGAGAGUCUAUCGGUGGGUCAAGCAAAACAAAUGUUGCGACGCUGGUUGGUGGAGGAUCGUGGUGCCAUGGAUGCGUACAUCUGGGAUAAAAACGAGGAGAUGGUGCAUUGGUAUGAGGAACAGAAGCGACCAGAUUCACUUGUCACCAAGAAUAUUAACGCUGUGAAACAGGAUGCUAUAAUCUCGAAAAUCACCGAAAUGCUGGAGGAUUGCCCGCAUGUUGCUUUAGAUGCUGUUGUAAGCAUAUGUCAAGGUCUGACGCCCAUGAACCGUGGCGCUGUGGUGCGCACAUUAACGCAAUUAGAGUUGAAUGAGGAGACGACGGCUUCAAAUACGCAGGGAUGAUAUCGCGCAUAUUAAUGAAUUAAUAUUGUUGUAUUUGUAUAUAUAAGACUUGUGUUAUGUUGAUGCAUUGACUUCCAAAACGGUUUAUGUGACACAACUACUACAUGCGCACAUACAAACAUACUUAUUCUAUUCAUACACAAUAACAACAACUGCAACACUCAACGAAGUUUAGUCCCUUACAUAUGUAGCAAAACUAGCAAAACUGUACUGUUAAUACUUUUAGAUAAGCGUACAUAGGUGAACGAGUGACCAACACAUCUCACGUUCACAGCUUCGUGCCGACACACUUCGUAUACGCUUUGUUAAUGCAAAUUGUUUAAUUUUCUAUUUCACGCUAAUUUAGUUUAUUUUUAUGUACAUUGGCUUUAUUAAAUAAUGAAUUAUUUAAUAUAAAAUAUGCAUAUGUAACUAACGACAGCUUGUUAAUGCGUUUACUAUUCAUAUUUAUUAAGAAAGUUACUACCAAAAAAAGAGAAUAAUAACAACUGAAGGAAAAAAGCAGAAUGGCAGCACAAUACUAAUGACUAGUUACAAUUUACAUAAUAUAUACAUAAAUUAAUACAUAAAGCGGGUUGUCAAACCAUGUUUGAUAUAUACAUAUAAUUUAGUACAGUGUAUCUUAUAGCAUACUUUUUUUUUUGAAUUGUUAAAAAUGUACAAAAAAUAAUGAAAAAUAAUUAGAAACAAAAAAAAACAAAAAACCUUAAUAUAUAGUAAUAGAAAACUUUUCAAAUGCAUACAUACUCUAUUUAGUUGUGUAACAAGUGUGAAUUAACGAACAAAGUGGAUGUUAACUAUUGUAAAUUACAUAAAAAAAAAUUAAACAAGUUUUAAAUUAUCCACAGACACUAAAAUUAUGUCUAGCCUAAGGCUAAUUAAUAUAUAAUAAAUGGAAAUAUAAAUUAGUAAAAAACAAA